AGAUAUUGUAUUUCUAAGCAGAUAAGAUUCAAGGAGUGAUAUUUCUUCGCAAUAAAAGAGUGCCAAUGGAUACUUCGGAAGUGGAACCAAAGUCAUCACUAGCCCCUAUUUUAAAUUACUCAACAAGCAGUGAUGUAUCUUCCAUUAUCGUUACAGGAAACAUGGGUAGAAGAUUAUCUCUACUUGAAAACAUAUCAAUAGAAAAUGAAACUAUACUUUCGAAAUGUACAAAUGAAUCCACUGAUGAUAUGAGAGAACAUAACAUUUGGAGAUUUGAUAAGGUCGACAGAAAAUCACCAUUAAUAGCAUACAAUGGAAACAGCAUAGAAGAUUUGUCAUUUAUUUACGAUAAAAAUUUUGAAUUAAAUUCAGAACUUGAAGACAUAAUUUCAUUUGAAAAUUCUGACUUGAGUAUUCUGAUGAAAUCGAGAAAUUCUGCAAUAUUAAGAAAAGAUAUUUUUAAGCAUUUCUAUAAGCUCAAUGUUCUUCCUUUAAUAAGCCAGAAUGAAACAUUAAACGAUACACAGAAUAAUUUAACGUUACCUUCACAAAAAAAGAACUCUAAUAACUUUAUCAAAGAAAAAUUCCAUGUUCCUUUAACAAAACUAGAAAACAGUCAUUCAACAAAAUUUAGCUCAUUCAAUCAAGGCAAUAAAACUUUAAUUGAAAAUACUACAGACCUUAUCAAUAGAUCAAAGGAAUCUGAAGAAAAUUCAAUUAUUUCACCUAGUUUUGAAAAUGAAAAAUCUCAUGACAGAUAUACAAAUGAAAAGAAAAAUUUAUACCAGAAUAACUCAAAUUAUAACAUUGAAUUGUCUUGUACAUAUUACGAUAUGAAAAGUAGCAAGAAAAAUAUUUUAAGAAACAAAUUAAAACACUGUGAGUUAAAAUUAUUUGACUAUUUGAUAGAACAAGAAACGUACGAUGGUAAACAAAUUGAAAAAAAUGAAUUAAUAGAUAAGGUUUUCAACAAUAAUUCGACAAAAGAAAUAGAAAGUGUUACUGGUUUAUGUAAUAAAGAAAAUAGGUUAAAAGCAGAAAAUGGUAACAUUAAUAAUUCUAUAAGUGAAAAAGAUAAUUUCGGGCAUAAUUUAUUUAAAAAUAGACUAAUCACAGGAAAUAACGAGGAGAGUGUUAGAGAAUUUAUUAAUUAUUUUAGAAAAUAUAACUCACUCGGUUAUGAAUUUGAUAAAUCAAAUUUAUACCAGUACACAGAUGAUUCUCUAUACGAAUCCAUAAACGAACUAUCAAAUAAGGAAAAAAUUAACAUAAAAUAUGGUAAGGAUGAAAAUGAUGAAAACAAUAUAAGUAAGUAUCAAACAUUUUUGGAAGACAGUAAUUUACAUGAAGAAAAAACUAAAAUAAAAUUAGAUACAAAUGAAAAAUCAAUUAAAAGGAACAACAAAGACAAUGAAAAAAAUCAUAGCAUAUAUUCAAAGUUUGGUAAUUGUAACAAAUUAAAAUUUGAUGUUGAAACCAUAGUAGGAAAAAUAUCAGAAAUAAAGAAAAUUUCUCCUAAUGACAAUAAUAAAAUUAAAGACAUAAGAAGUUCUACAACAUCAUAUGAAUCAGACGAUUCAUUAAACUUAGAAUACAAUAAAACUAUUCAUAUCUCAGACAGGGUUUCAUCCAGGUUAAGAAAUAUGCACAUGUCUAAACCUAAAUCUACAAAAAGUAAAGUAUCACCAAAACGAAUAACUGAAGAAGAUAUUAAGAAAGUCGUUCAUAAUAUUACUUUAACUCCAAUGAGCUCUAAAGAUAAUCUAAGAAUAAAUAACAGAAGUAAUAGGAACAGAUUAAGGGAAUUUCCUCAAAACAUAAAAUAUAAAAAUAAAACAAAAACAUAUUUGAAAACAGCUGAUAUUAGAAAGUUUAUUUGGUCUAAGUUACUACCUUGUUCAUCAAAAACUAAUACUUUGCUCGACUGUGAGGAUGUUAUUCAGAAAGUGAAUAUUGCAGUCAAAAAUGCUCAAUCGAAAAAAGCUAAUAUGAAUACUAUUAUAAUGACAUUGCAAGAACUAUUAUAUGAAAAAAAUAUAUGUAAAACUUAUAUCGAGUUUUACACAUUUAUAAGCAACUUUACACCUUUUUCUUUUCAAAAAAAUAUAAUGCCACUAAGUGGAGCGUUUGGAUGUAACGGCCCAAAAAUAACAAAAAAAUUAUCUGAUCCGCUCAGAUAGUAUUACUAAAAGUUCACAGCAAAACGAUUUGUAUAAUAUAUCAUUAAUAGUCUAUGGUACAGGCCCCUUUUUAUCAAAUUAUUAACAUUCGGUUGAAACUUCUUAAAUAACUUCAUCUCAUCGUAACCUACAAAUAUUUUAUUACAAAAAUUCUGGGAAUUGCAGCAUUUUCAAUCUUGGUUUGCAAACUUUAUCUAUUUAAGUAGGUACUCAUAUUCAUUUGCUUUCCACUUGAAUCGUAACAUGAGCAAAAAGUCGAUAAAAAGGUGGCCUUCAAAAAUAUUGAGCUGUUUGGCAUGAACUACACUCCCAAAUUGUCAAAAUAACAAGGUUAUAUAGGCCAAAUGACCCAAUCGAUAGGCCAUCUUUUUUAUCGAUUUUGCGACCAAAUUAUCUUAUGAUCCAAGUGGAAAGAAAAUCGAUAUUUACGAGUUUUUAAUAUCUGUUCAAAUAGACAAAGUUUGCCGACCUCCAGAUUGAAAAAGCCACAGUUCCCAGAAUAUUUUCAUACAAAAUAUUUGUAGGGUUACGAUGAGAUGAAGUCAUUUACAAAGUUUCCGACGGAUGUUAAUAAUCUGAUAAAUGGGGCUGUAACACGGACCAUAAUGAUAAACUCAUACAAUAAUUUGUAAUCUGAAAACUGUUGUUUUUACUGUGCAUGUAUAUAUAUAUUUUUUCAUACUAAAUAAAGAACAAUAUAAAAACUUGAA